AUGACCGUACCCAGACUAUUGGUUGUGGGAGGCAAUGGUUUCCUCGGAUCUGCGAUAUGCAAAGCUGCCGUGACUAAAGGCUGGGAAGUGGCCAGUAUGAGCUCAUCUGGCAUCCCAUAUAAGACUCCAGCCGGUCAUUCCCCCAAAUGGACCCAAGAAGUCCAAUGGCAUCAAGCAGACGCCUUCGAUCCUUCCACUUACGCCGAUCUAACAUCCAAAUCGACGGCCGUGGUACAUACUCUCGGAGUUUUAUUGGAGGAUACAGGAUACAAGACAGCUAUUAAAGAAGGGAACGUUUUGAAACUUUUAGGAAGCCUGGCGAAGGGUUUGGGAGAUGGAGGAAGGGGGUUGAAGGGUGAGAAAGAGAGGAGGAAAGGGUAUGAGGGGAUGAAUAGGGAUUCUGCUCUGAGAGUGCUCGAUACCAUGUUAUCAUCCUCCGAAAUCAUAGGACAACCAAAUAAAUCAUUCGUUUAUAUAUCCGCUGCGGACGCUUUCAGACCUCUCAUACCUAAUCGAUAUCUCGCUACUAAGCGUCAGGCCGAAGUUGAGAUUACCAGACGUUGUCAAGAUGCAGAGACCAAGGUCCGACCUGUCUUCUUACGGCCCGGACUAAUGUAUCACCCUCAUAUCCGACCCAUCUCCACAUUACCCGCUUUCGCCUUAUCCCUCACUGCAUCAACUCACGACACUCUCCAUAUACCUCUUCCCUUCUCCCCUGAUUCAUUCUUUGGUGGAGCAGCGGAAGCUUUGAGAACUCACCCGUUACAUGUUGACCAUGUUGCCGAAGCUGCCAUCAAGAGCAUCGAGGAUUCUUCCAGAGAAGGAGUGGUGGAUGUCGAUACCAUGCGUCAAUGGGCAGGGUUUGGAAGUAAGAGCAAUUCGGAAGCUGCAGUGAUUUGA